CCAUUAUUCAGUGGUUUAUCUUUCAACCGCUUAUUCUUGGUCAAUAAAAACGAACACAUCACGUGGCUAUUAAUCGGAGUAUUAUUACAAAACCAAAAGUAUAUUUAUUUUUAAAAUUGCUUAAUUAGUUGCAUUGUUAAGUUGUCCACUGGAUAUUCGACAAUUUUAUCUAAUUUGUACCACAGCUGGAUAUUUUACCGAAAUUCGGUGUAAACGCCGUAAUGACGGGUAUUAGAGCAGGGUGCUUCUGUCACCCUGCUGUGUGAUGUGUCAUGUGGUAACGUCGUAGUUUUAUGCUAGUUGUAAUAUUAUUGGACUGUAUAAACAUAUGAAAUAUAUCUGUUAUUUAGUGAGUGAUUAAUCGUGUGUGUAUGUAUACUACAGCAAAUUACAGGCGCAUGAAUCUACAUUAAUUACGUGAAUUAUCAGAAGAAAACAAUGGGUAUAACAUGGAUAGUAAUAUCUGGACAAGUAAUGUAGUCAUUUAUGAAUAAUUGCACCUGUUGCUUGUAACAGUAGUCAAUACCAUACACUAGGUGGCGUGCUGUUCCCUUUUGUGUGUAAGAAGUAACGCAAACCUUAUCUGCAGGGAGAAGUUGGGGUCUGGCUGAAUGCACGUAAUGAAUCUGUAAAUGGCGUAUUUUACAGUAGUGCGACCCUUGUGAUCACAAUUUAACAACGAGGCACCAGUGAACAGGCGAUAGCCCCCCCCCCGCACUCAAAAACAACAGCUCAUGCUGCACAAUGCCCAGUUACCAUAGCAACAAGGGGCACCGAGGGGACGCCAAGUGGGCCAUGGACUGAACCGGCCCCAGCCAGACAGAGUGGAGCCAUGCACCAGCUCUUCUGCCUGGUGCUGGGCCAGAGGGACCUGUCCCAGGCGGGUGACCUGUUUUCUUUGGAGGAUGCCGAGAUCGAGGAUUCCCUCUCUGAGGCCCUGGAGGAGAUCAAGGCCAUAUCGUGCUCUCCGGACUACCUGAUCAAUGACAAUGACCAGGCGGUGGUGGAGAUCUGCAUCACGCGCAUUACCACGGCCAUCCGAGAGACGCGCUCCAUCGAGAGGCACGGCGCUGCCUUGGUGUCCCUCUGGGAGUCGUGCCUGGAGCAGAGUCAGCAACCGCAGGGCAAGGACGAGAACAGCCCUCACGCCAAGAUCGCUUCUGACAUCACCAGCUGCAUCCUGCAGAAUUACGACCGCCCUCCCGUGAUGGCCCUGGCUGUGCCCGUGGCAGUCCGAUUCCUCCAGGGCGGGAAUAGGGAGCUGUCCCGCAACAUGUCCAGCUACCUGUCCCUGGCAGCUAUUAGCAAGGCAGAGCUGCUGGCUGAGCACACAGAGGCCAUCGUGCGCGCGGUGCUGGCAGGAAACCACAUGCUACUGCGGGUCCUGCCCUCUGUGUACAAGAACCAGCCGGAAGCCAUUCACCAGCACCUGAUGGUCCUGGCGGCGAUGAUGUCACAGCUGACGCAGCCAGAACAGCAGCACCUACUCCGGCUGAUGCUGAUGGUUGCCAAGCAACAGCCCCUGGCGCUAAGGUCCACGGUGCCCUCGCUCGUCACACACCUUAGCGAUCCUCUACUGAAUGACGCCCUGCUGACAGUGCUGGUGGGUGUGUCCCAGGCCAGCCCCGCCUCCCUCGCCUCACAUCUGACCACCCUAAGGGUUGCCGGGCAACGUUUUCCCAACCUCCUGGGCCACAUCGUCAAGAUCCACGGAGCAGUGGGUCUGGCAGACGAGGCUCUGGCGCGCAGCUCCCUGGAGUAUCUGGUGUCCCUGCUGGGCAGCGUGGAGCACAGCGUCCACCACACCCUACUGCAGGAGAUCCAGGACCUGACCAGCCGCUUCUCCUCGAUCCAGGGCAGCAAGGACGUCUUCCGCAUGAGCCGCAACUUCAGCAUCACCCAUCUGCUGGGCCCCCAGCUCGACCUCCAGGGCUCCGAGCCAUCUGGGGAGGAUGAUGAAGCGGAGGAGCUCCCCAAGCAAUUUGACCUGGGGUCUGGGGCAAGCGGGGGGGACUCUGAGGAAAGGCUGCAGAUUAAGAUCCGAGCAGCAUUCGAGGAGAAUCUGGGCGAAGAGGGGGAGCUGAAAGCUGAGUCAUCUGGACCACAGCGGCGCAACAGUACUGGCCAGACGGCCCGGGAGGAACGGCGCGAGACGCGCUUCAGCAGGUCCAGAAGCCUUGCUUUGCAAGCGGUCCGCUCGCAGUCCAUCAACUUGGACAACGGGCAGGAUGAACCGGCCGUGGAGAAGGGUGUAGAGGGGAUCCCGGCAGAGAGGUCUGCCUGUCCGGAGCAUCCGGAAAGUACCGUUACUCUACAGGCCCACAUCCCUGCUGCAUCCAUGCUGCAGGACCCCGGCUCAGAAGGAGAGGGGCAGGCCACAGGAAGUAACACACAGGACAGGGACAGAGACCAGUUCUGGCUCCACAUGAAGGACAAUGCGGAGCGGAUCCGGGCCUUCUGUGCAGACACAAGCAGACACAUCCCUUCACCAGAUCAGUGUGCAGUCGAAGACUCUGUGCAUGGCUGUGUAGCCCGCCUCUCCUUCUCCUGCCCCCUGAAGGGCUCUUACUGCCUCUACGCCAAGUCCAGCUUCUCGCUGUGCAGCCUCCAGCCACAUCUCUGGCUGCAGCUCAUGCUGCUCUUCCUCCAGAGCAAGGCCAAGGAGCCUCUGACAUCAGGUGAUGAAGCCGUCUGCCUCUUAGGUGGCCUGUGGGAGAAGACCCAGCUGACCGGAGAACGCAGUCUGGAGAUGGCCGUGAGGCAGGCUACCUUCCCCCACAAGAAGGAUCUGGAGAGCUUGGAGUCCCAGCUGAAGGAAGUACGCUUCUUCGACCUGUUCGGCUACAGCGAGAGCGCAGGAGACUGGCUCUGUUUCAUGUGCAAGAACCCCGAGAAGGCCGCGGUGGUGAACCGAGAGGGGCAGCCGCUCAUCGAGGGCAAGCUGAAGGAGAAGCAGGUGAGGUGGAAGUUCAUCAAGCGCUGGAAGACCCGCUACUUCACGCUGGCCGGAAACCAGCUGCUCUUUGGCAAGGGGAAAUCGAAGGACGACCCUGAAGAUGGGCCCAUCGAGCUAAGCAAGGUACAGAGCGUGAAGGCAGUGGCACGGAAGCGGCGGGACUGCGGACUACCGCGCGCCUUCGAGAUCUUCACAGAGAGCCGCACGUAUGUGCUGAAGGCGCGGGACGAGCAGCGCACCGAGGAGUGGCUACAGUGCAUCAAUGUGGCCAUGGCACAGGUCCGGGAGCGCCAGCACCAGGAGGCCACCACCUACCUGUGACCCAAUCAGAACCACCAACCUAUGACCUGCCCAGAACCGUCAACCUGUGACCCGUCUGGAUUUUCCUACCUGUGACCCAUCUAGAACCACCUACCUGUGACUUGUCCAGGACCACCAAGAACUGACCUGUCCAGAACCACAAUCGUGUGACCCAUCCACAACUACAUACCUAUAAUUUGUCCACCUAUUUCAAAACCACCGACCCUGUGGUGUAUAUCCAAUGUUACCCGGAACCAGAUCUCAGGCACCUUAGCACUGAGAAUGUGUUCUUAGUGUUAGACCAAGAGUGUGAAGCUGCCAGGUAUGCUGAACACUCAGCUACCAGAUCAAUUAGCGAGCGAUCUGCAAUUAGCAAAGGGUACAUUGAGACACAAGCAGCAGGGAAAUGUCUAGCUGAAAAUUACCUUCCAUUAGCAGGACUAUCAGUUCCAGCAGCCAGAAAGUUCAGGUUCAGAAAUUACAAAUCCACACCAAAGCUUAUUUUCAACUAAGCAGUUGAGUACUCUGUAACUGUGACUCUUUAUACUCAACUGGAUGGUUGAAAUAAAACCUUGAUCUGGAUACGUACUUUGUGGACCUGAACUUUCUACCUCUGCCGCUCUGUUAGUCCUGCUAAUGGAAGGUAAUUUUCAGGUACAGGCCUGGUUACGGCGUCAGAGCUAGCGUGUCGGCAUGCAAACAUGAGGCUUCUGAGAUGCAUACUCUCUCAGGGUACUAUAGGUAUCAUCCUGCGGACACAGAAUACAACCCUCAGGCCGGUCAAACUCAUCUGCAUUUCACAGUGGCCGAGUCAUCUGAGAGCAAAAAGCAGCUUCUGGCAAAGAUCUCUCUCUCUGUCUGUUUUUGCCCCCUCAGUCGAUCACGAAACAAAAAGUCUGACGAUGUUUUGAGACUCUCCGGCUGACAUUCUGGCUCCUGCGCUGUGCAGUGGCGAACUCCCGAAGAGAAACCGCGAUCUUGGUCGAAGGAAAUGCUGACCUUUCCCUACUGGAUAUAAUAACUCCCAGGCAUAAACAUGCUGGAGAAGGUGGGCUGCGUGAGCUUUGAAGAAAAACUGCCGAGGCUGAUUUAGCUCUUCAGCUGAGUUCACCAAGAUCAAGGACGCAGCGACAUCGAGGCCAGAGGACGGACCACCUCACUUCACUGGCUGCUUAAAUACCCCAUGUCUAAUUAGACACCAGCCCUCCUGUUUCCCCUGUCAGCACAGAAUCCCCCAUAAUGCCUUGCUCUGUGUUCGUCAUGCUGUAGUUGGCCUGUGAUUAAGGCUGCAACUGCACAGUCGUACUCUAAUCAGAGCUCCAUCCAUAUAAUAGGGUUGCGCUGCUGGGGAUUUGACCACGACUCAUUGCCAGCAGAUCAUUUGCUUCUUCCUAUAGUUUAAUACCUCCCAGAAUUUUGUUUUGGGCCAAAAUAUAUACGUCUAAAUAGCCCUGGCAAGGCAGCCUUACCAGUGCCUGAACACAGAGAUAUUUGUAAGCAUUGUUUAAAUUCUCCUAAUAUGGAAACCAGACACUGGACCCACGGAGACUAUCGCUAUGUACACACAACGGUAUGUGUCAGCUCAUGCAAACGAAGCUGAAGAAUGCUGCAAGUAGGAAUGGAGAUGGCGUACAGCAGAGCUAUUCAGAUCACUGCCCUCAAAGUCCAAACCAAACGGCCUUCCUUUACUGGUGAGCCAGGUGUGACGCCUCUGGUAAUUAUUAACCUAAUUACCUGGGAGACCUGAAAACAAGGCUUGGAUUUGGAAUCGAAGGCCAGAUUUGAAUGGGGUGGGCUGAUAUACAUCUUCAACAUUUACUGAUUCUUUCCACAAUUUUACUUUUAAAGGACAAAAGGCGCAGACUGAAGGACAGAAUCAAAGCUGAAUAUAUUCUUUUACUUUUAGUUGCAAUUAAAUUGUAAUUAGUCACUUUACUAAUGCACUGUGAAUUAGCUGUUUUCAGAGCGCACUCAUAAAGCCUGUAGUGUGUCUAGGGGGACUGAGUGUUGUGGGCAGUGUUUAUUUAGAUGGAAAAUGAGUUUAUGACUUAGGAGUGUCCUGUAAACUUGGUUUAUGUGUUUCUAGGGUGCCUGGCUGUCUCCGCCGAUGGAACAGCGUCACUGUGUUCCGUUUUCAUUGAGAAUAACAAAACUGACGUAGAGCGUAUUAAACCCCCAAUAUUACGACAGAGUACUGGGAUGCUCCGGUUGCUUGAACACACUGCGGGCCCCACCCUGGCCCAUGCUGGUCCGCAGAAGCUCACCUCCAUGGAGUUUGGGCGCCUUUUCCUCCUGCAAAGCCUUCACCUAAAGGCAUGAACGUGAAUAAGAAAAUCAUGUUUUAGGAUCAGUGCUUCCAAUAAAAGCCUGAAUUUC